UCAAUGUAGCUGUUAUUAUCCUUGGUACCCCAUGUGCUUAAAGCGACCUUUUCCUUUCCCUCACUCUUCCUUUUUAUGUUCCCUGCAAAGUUUUUUUCAUCACUCAUCCUUUUGUUUUGGUUAUUACUCCACUUAAUCUCCCCACACAAUUCAAACAUCAACCAAAUCUAAAUCUCUUUCUUUGUCCCCCACACCCCUCUCUCCUAUGUCGUAUCCCAUUCUGAAGAAACACGAUUAGAAGCACAUGUCCAAACUCAACUCUUUUGAAUCCAAUUGUUUGUUUUGGUUAUUGUUGUUGUUGGUAGUGUUGCCAUGAAGGAGUUUCCUUCUUGUUUUGGAGAGAAUGGGGUUCAGGUUGCUGACUCAUCCUCAUCAAGCACCACAAGAGCGGCUCAAAAUGUUGUCACGUGUGUGUACCAGUGCAGAUUAAGACGGCGUUCAUGUCUGAUCACGGUCUCCUGGACCAAAACUCUCAUGGGUCAAGGCUUGAGCGUGGGGAUAGAUGACUUGGGAAAUCAUUGUCUCUGCAAGGUUGAGAUAAAGCCAUGGCUAUUCUCGAAGAGAAAAGGGUCCAAGAAUUUGGAGGUCCAAUCUGGUAAAAUUGAUAUCUUUUGGGAUUUGAGUUGUGCCAAGUUUGGUUCCGGGCCUGAGCCGCUGGAGGGGUUCUACUUAGCGGUGGUGUUCAACAAGGAGCUGGUGUUGCUGCUUGGGGAUCUGAAAAAGGAGGCAUGCAAGAAGAUUGACAGUGAUUGUGCCUUUUCCCACGGUGGUACAGUUUUCGUUGCAAAACGAGAGCAUAUUUUUGGGAAGAAGUUUUACGGUGCCAAGGCUCAGUUUUGUGACAAGGGGCAAGUUCAUGAUGUGACAAUUGAGUGUGAUACUGUGGGUUUUAACGAUCCCUCUCUUGUGAUUCGGAUUGAUAGCAAGACAGUGAUGCAGGUGAAGCGUCUCAAGUGGAAGUUCCGAGGGAAUCACACCAUUUUGGUGGAUGGGGUUCCGGUUGAAGUGUUUUGGGAUGUGCAUAGUUGGCUCUUUGGGAAUGCCAUUGGCAAUGCAGUGUUCAUGUUCCAAACAUGCAUUUCAAGUGAAAAGGUGUGGGAAGCCCAAUCAGCUUCUGAUACCACUGCACUAACAUGGGCUUCUUCUCAGCUGUUUAAGGAUUCCCAGUUGCAAUGCUUUGGGUUCUCUCUCAUUUUGUAUGCUUGGAAACAUGAGUAGUAGUCAAUAGAGUUGUUAAAUCUUGUUUCUCAGUGUUAAAUUUAUAUGACAGUCACAUUUUUCAACAAGGAAA